AUGUCACUAGACAUAUGCAAACCGUCGAAUGUUACGAUUAGUGCGAUACCAAUAAAAGAUUUAUAUAAUCAUUUGUAUUGGGACCAUCGCAUAUAUGAUCUUCGAUCUAAGGAAGACUAUAUAAAAAGUCAUAUAUGUCGUGCUCACAAUAUGAAUCCUUCACCAGUUAUUACAGUUGAUGCCAUAGCUGACAUAGAUGCUCAAAUUGAUAGUGAAUAUGGUAGAGCAGAGCAGUCGUCAGAAGUUUUCAUAUAUACCGAUGCCGAAACUCAUUAUGAAAACUAUCAACUACAAUUAAGAAUAUUAAAUAUUUUAUUAUCUUAUUUAACAUCAGCUAGAAAUCAUUCGAAUAAAUCAUUGAAGCAAAUAUAUACUUUUAUCGAUGGCUACGAAAAUUUUCAUUCUACUUUUCCAUUUUUAUGUAGUGAUAGUGCUUACUUUCAUGAAUGUAGUUUAUUGGUUUGGCCAUCUUAUGUAAGACCAAAUUUAUAUCUUGGUUCUGCAAUGUGUCGAAAUGAAACAGUAAUAGCCAUGCUAAACAUUACUCAUAUUAUGAGUUUCAGUGAGUACAAUGAAAACGAAAUAAAAUCAACAAACAUUACAACUUUACAUUGGCAACUGUCUGAUAGUCGAUCCACAAAUUUAUUGUCCGUGUUUCCUUCUGCUAUAGCAUGGAUAUCGAAGGCCAUCAAUGAUGAAAAUGGUACUGUGUUAGUUCAUUGUGAUCAAGGUGUAAGUCGAUCAGCCAGUGUAGUGAUAGCAUAUUUAUUACAUUCUAAUACUAACUUAUGUACAGUGGAAGCAGCUUUUAAUUAUCUUAAAUUGAAACGCAGUGUAAUUAGACCCAAUGCAUCUUUUCUACAACAAUUGGAAGAAUUCUCAAGCACUAUAGACAUAAAAGAUAAGACAAUAAAGCCAAAUAAAGAAGAUUCCACCGUAUUUUAA